GAGUAUUCGGAAGGCUUUGUCGCUGUGUUUGAAGACAGCGUCCGACUAUGGACAUGAAACUAUUGCAUUCCCAGUCAUAGGAACAGGAACCCUUUUGUACCCUGUAGACCUUGUUGUUUCUGAAAUGUUUGGAAGCGUGGAGCGACACCACAAAGAUUGUCCUGAUACAAAGCUGAAAGAAGUUCUGUUUGUUAUUUUCAAGAAAGAUACUGCAUUGUUACAGAAAUUUGAGCGGCAGGAAGAGAGAUCAAGGCGUUUUGUGACAGGGUCUCUACCGACGCUUCAACCACGUUGUGAAGUAAAAAUCAAAAUCACUGGCAUGAAAAAGAACGUACUUGAUGCUAAAGCGGAGUUGGAGUCUAAAGCUAAAGAUCUUUCCAUGUCACUCAAACAGGUAAUCACUGAGCGAAUUCAUGAUGUAACAAAGAUUAUAUAUGAUGAUGUUAUGGAAUUGCACGGUGACAAACUCGCCAUUCCCGAAGAAGGUGUUACAAUCAGCCACAACGAUAGUAAGGAGGAACUGUCUGUCACGGGCACAGUUAGCAUAGUAGGCACUACUUUAGUGACCUUGCGUAAAUAUGUUCAGGAUGUUAAAAGCAUGCAGAAUUGUAAAAUACCUGUAGAUACUUCCGAAGAGGAGGAAGUGUGCAAGAUUGUAAGCAAGAUGCCGGUUAACCGUGAAAUCGUUUAUAAAUACAACAGAAAAGACUCGUGUAUUGUUAUGUUUGCAAGAACAAAAGAGGUACUAGACAGAGCAUCAGGAGACCUUCAAAGCAAACUUAAAUACAGGGGACAGUGCACCAGACAAGAGGAAGCAAUGGAUACAUCAGACGAUGGACAGUUAUCCCCUGGCAAAGGAGCGUCGUUGUACAAGCCAAAUGUCAAAAGAAAGUUUUCAUUGUCAAAGGAUGUGAGCAAUCUAAACAUAUAUGAAAAUGGGAGCCUGGUGAUAAGGGUGUAUGAGGCCAACAUCAUACAUGUACCUGCUCAAGGUAUAGUGAAUGCUGCAAACCAGGACCUUAAUCACGUUGGCGGGGUAGCCCGUGUCAUUGCGAAGGCCGCAGGGGAAACACUUUUAAGAGAAUGUGAACAAGCAGUUUUGAAUAAUGAAGGUCCUCUAAAAGUGUCUGCUGUAGUGUGCACUACUGCCGGAAAUCUGGACUUCAAGUAUGUUAUACAUGCAGUUGGUCCACGUUGGUCAGACUACAAACCAAUAACAAAGGAUCGCUUGCUGCAGUGUUCAGACGAUCUGAGACGUACAAUCGCAAGUUGUUUGAGGAUGGCAGAAAGUAAACAACUUGAAUCCAUCGUGAUGUCAACUAUUAGUUCAGGUGCGUUUGGAGUCCCAAGAGAAAUUUGCGCAGAGCAGUAUGCAAGGGCAAUACUUGAAUUCGGCGACAAAAAGAAAUCAUUACGAGAAAUCCACAUCGUGGACAACAAUCACGAUAUGAUUGACAUCGUCCACAAAACAUUUUCCACCAUGAUCACUGAAAGAAAACCCGCACCCUCCACACUAAGUGUUUAUGUAAAACAGCCAGCGGGACAAGACACUUUGACAGAUGAAGGAAAGAAGAAUACUAAUACUAAAGAGAGAGAAAGCUUUAACUGUACGGGAAGGGUCAUACCAAAGUCUACUACAGAUUUUAUUAGGGAAGAAUUAUUGUACAAAUCUUACGGGGAUAAAUUGGUAUGUUCAUUGGCUUCGUCCAACGAAGUUCAAGUGUAUGCUGGAGAUAUAUUGCACCUUGAUGGUAUCACUGCAGUAGUAUGCAGCGAAACAAGUAAGGGAGAUACCAAAGGAACAAUAUCAAAAUAUUUGUUGGAAAAUGGGGGUUGGGAAUAUAGACGUAACAAAGAAACGCAAUUUCGACGUCAAAGGAAAAUUGGUGAGGUAAUUACUACAGAAGGCGGCAGAAACAAAUAUGCUUGGAUAAUACAUGCGCUUGUUUCCAUAGAAGAUCUAAAUAUACUCGCCGAUUUGUACAGACUAAUAUUAGAAGAGGCGAAAACAAGAGAAUUUCAGGCCAUUGCUUUACCAUUGCUUGGAACAGCAGGUGAAAUUAUAGGUCCAGUGGAUAGUUCACAGACGUUGUUUAAUGAAUGGAUCCAGUUUUGUCAAAAGAACAUGAAGCUCGGACUUACAUUACAUCUGGUGAUAAAUGAAGUGGGCAUUGCUGAUAUAGUGAAAGAUGUUUUCAAACGAUGCAUUGAUGAAAUGGUACAGAAAAUCUCUGACACCGACAGGGCUCAUUUGUCUCAAGAGCAGAAUACAAAGCCAAGUAAUGAAGUUGUAAAUGAUGAUCUAGCAGCUGCUGACGAAGACUGUGUCAUCUGUAUGGACAAAGUGACCGAUGCAAAGAAACUGAAAUGUGGACAUACAUUUUGUACAGAAUGUAUCGAAGGCUAUUUUCGUGUUAAAAUGGUGUGCCCUACAUGUGGCAAAGUUUGCGGCACAAUUACCGGAGACCAGCCAGACGGAACGAUGGAAAUCAGUAAAAGCUCGCGAUACGUUACAGGAUUUGAACGUCACAAAAGCAUUGUGAUAACAUAUCGUUUCAAUUCUGGACAACAAGGGCCUGACCACCCGAACCCUGGUGCAGCAUAUAAAGGUAUUGCUCGUUCUGCCUAUUUACCAGACACUACAGAAGGCAGAGAAAUAUGCGCAAUGCUGAAGGUAGCUUUUGAGCGGCGCCUGGUGUUCACUAUAGGAUCCUCAAGAACCACCGGACAGGAGGGGGUAAUCACAUGGAAUGACAUUCAUCAUAAAACAGACAUGAGACCAAAUACUCAGUUUGGCUAUCCAGAUGACACCUACUUACAAAGGGUACGCGAAGAGCUAGAAGUAAAAGGUGUUACAGGAGAAGACGUGGAGACGAAAUUCAUCAAACAACUUGGAAAAGAUUAUUUCAGACAAACCGUCAAUUAAUUAUCAAAUAAGUGGUCCGAUGAAACACUGGAAAAUUAGAUCUAGAUUAUCAUAAUCGUUGCACCAUUGUUUCAUAUCAGUUGUCUUUAUGUGAUGAUGUUUAUCUGGUAAAUACAGAUGACGCCUUCAAAGGGGGAUACCUUUGCAAAAAAUUUAGAAGAAGUGAGUUGCUGGACACCGUGUUGCGGUGAUGAUGUUCCGAAUAAGUCUUACAGGGGUAUAAUGAAGUACAGAUAAUGUAAAUAAAUUACAAAAUUCUUUUUUUUAAUUCAACGUUUAAAUGUGAAAGCAGAUUAUCAAUGCAUUGUAUCUAGCAGUUAUGAUUCAAAUGAAUAUCCCCCAUAUUGACUUAACGAAUUGCAAAAAUAUGUUUGUUUAGUAAAACGGCAUGUCAAUAAUUUGUUUCCGCGCCAUUUUCCGAAAAAGCUUACAUGUAUAUGGCUUGGGAACAAACUGCGUCCCACUCAUUGCUGAUUUUAUUCCUUUUCUGUUUUGAACGAGAUUUCAUGCUCUGUUUACUAAGAAGCAGUUUGACAUUAUUUAAGUUUUUAAAUUGUUUUGAUGGAACCUCGAGGUACCUUGCUGAUAUUUUAAAUAUAGACAACCUAUAUUUUUCAGAAAUAGUUAAACACAUUUAUUCUAAAGAAUUACAACUAAACAAGGCUUAUACCUCAUAAUAAUUAUUUAGAAGCGUCUUUUUUGUACUUACAUUCAUGAAUAGUAUUUUAGAAGACGAUUUCAAUUUUAAACUUGUCAAUUUCUCCCAGCUGGAGGAGGAUUUCUCUCGAGCGACAUCGUACGGUGUCUGUGGGAAUGUAGUGUAUAUACGACAUAAAAUUAAAAAGAAUACCUAUUUUAAUGAAAUAUUUAUAAAAUUUGUAAAAUACAAAACUCGUAAAGCACAGUGCAAUUCUGCUAUAUCUUCUUACUAAAAUUUAUUUUUGUUGUGAUGCAUGGCUCUCUGGCUUUCUUUGGGAUUACAUGUAUCUGUUCUUCCGGGAAAUCUACCAUCACCUUUAUUUUUUCUGUUCCUUUACUUAUGAAGCGUCAGGAACUGGUAUGAUGACCGACAUUUACAUACUUUAAUGUCAAACCAUUGUUAGCAGCUAAUGCUCGGAAAGUAGGCUAGUACCAUAACCUUUUAAUUUUGCAGCAAAUGAAUAGGGUACUGUUCUGAUAUGUUUGUAGAACUGAAUACAUACAAAUAUUAACCGCAAAAAAAGUAAUUGACUUACGCAAAUUCCGGCCAUGUCGGCGGCAUGGUGAGAUCAAAGAUCAGAUAGGGAAUACUUUGUUUCAGUUCCACCUUUUUAUCCCCUUAAAGAAUGAUAUGCAAAAUGUUGACUGCAUAGGGACAUGGUCGCACGGAUAGAUUAAAGGUAAAUUACAAAUCAUUUCAUUGCCUCUACAUGUUUUACUCCGUGAAAUUUAGGUUUAGAGUGUAAAUCGGGCCCUCUUUUUACACAUUUACUAUUAAAUCUUUGCGCUAUUGCCAAUUAUUAUGUAAUAUCAAUUAAAGCAAGGAAUUUAAGUAGACAUGAAAUACUUGUGGCGAAAACUAUACAAGAGAAGACGUUAAGCCGCCCUACAGAUUAAACAAACACUUACACUUAAGUUUAUAUUAACAGUUCAAAUUUUAUAUCUGAAAAUGUAUUCCUUUUUAUGCUACAGUUCGACAAAUUUAUUUCUCAUACCAUAUUGAUAAACGAAGAAACUACAAGCAGAACAUGUAAGAUAGAUUAUUUAUUUUGUUACCGUUGAAAUUAUAUUAUGUAUAGGGAGAGAGUUUCUAAAGAAAGCUAUUGGCUUCCUAUAUGUUGAUAUUUGUAACAUUGUAAUAACUGCAAUUAUGUUGGAAAAAUAUUGUUUAAACCAAACACUUACACAUUUGAUUUCAAUAACAUCGAGUGUAUAUAAAGGAUCUUGUUGUAGAUUUAAUUAUUAUUUGUUAAAAUACAUUUUUGUGCAAAGCUUAUCGAAAAUUAUGCUGUACAUGUUAUAUGUCAGUAUUCUUAGCUGAGCGCGAAAGUAUUGUAACUAAACAUAAAGAACAAGAUGCAGUAGGUCGCGCUCAGUCCUAGAAAUAGUUUUUGGUAUGAAUUCAGAAUAAUAUAAUAAAAUCAUAGUUUGAAAUUUAUUAUGAAUUAUGAUUAUGAUGUGUUAUGCAUUAUUUUCUGUUUUACAUGAAAUUAAAACAUUUUCAUUAUUCAUAUGCAUAGUGUUGAUAGAUUGUGAAGAACAGAAUGAUUCAAUGCAAUGGACACUUUGAAUUUAAAACAGUAACAAGGAUUCGAACCAAUUUUCGGACACCUAAAAAUCUUUUAAAAAAACAAAACACUUUUAUACACAUGUCACUGUUCUUCCUCGGCGCAGAAUGCAUAAACUGCUGAAACUUAUUUCAUUCUGUAUAUCAUAUAGGCCCCAACGAUGACUUGAGGAGACCAAAUCGUGGCACAGAAUACAGCAGUAUCUAAGCACCAAACGUGUUCCAAUUUCGUAAUGUCACGUUUAUUCAACCUAUGCAGUCGGCAUCCUGAAGAUCCGUCUGCAAUGUAAUAUGAAUUAGUAUUUGGAUAUACAUAAUAGCAAUAUAUCUAUAUGGUUAAAUUCAUCCUCAAGCCCUCCUGUAACAUGGAUUCGAGCCCAUAUUUUAGAGACUUACCCUAAGCCUUCUUUACGCAAGGGAAACAAUCUAAUUAUAUAGUGAAAUUGUUGAGUGAACACCGUUUCUUAAUCCUAAUCCUGCCCAUGUUAUAUCAGUGCAAAGGAAAAGUAACCUAUCUAUGAUAAAUGCCAUGUAUGAUUACACAGUUAUGCAUCUAACAGUCUCGAUAUUGAUUUCUUCGAUUUUCUCAUAUUUCUAGAUAUUUUUCCCAUACUUUGACGCAUAUGUAUGGGUAGUUCAGAUUGUUCUCUUUCCAGUAGAAGCCUUUUCAACAUAUUUCACCUUGUGAAAUUCUGUGGGUUUUGACUUUUUUAGAAAAAUCGUCUGUUUGUUUACAAAUUUCACCACAAAAUAUGUCCUACUUUCCCCAGGGCAAUCAAUUAUUUGAUCUUUACAUAGUUUUGUAUUCAGGUUGCUAAUCCAUGUGGCAAGUAUGCAUGCUUUUUUCAUGAUUAGAAGUAAAAAGUGGGUAGGUUGCAUGAGGUACUAGGUCAAGUGUCACCUAAGCCUAUCAUAAAGUCUUUGCGGAGUUGUCUCCAUUUUUUCCAAAUAUUUCACCCGGGAUCAUUUUUUCAGCUCAAAUAACUCUUUUUUCAGUAAAUGAUUUUUUAAUAAUUUUUUCAGUCCUUGUAUUCUGAUGCAGUUAACUUCACAUACAUUUAAUAUAGAUAGCUCCUACUUAAAGUUUGUAUUUUCAGUUACAAUGCCUACAUUUUUGGAACCCUUAAAAUGCUUAAAAUUACGAUUUUCCACAUUUUUAACCAUUCUUCGGCGGCAUAUCUUGCAUAAACUGCAAAAGACUAAUACAUUUUGUAUCUCCUAAAGACUGCAACGAUGACUUAAAUAGACCAAAUGGUGGUUAUAGUCCAUCAUUUCAGUGCAGAAUACAGUAGUAUCUAAGCACCAAAACAUGUUCCAAUUACGUAUUGAGGCUUUGACAUAGUCCUUAUUUUAAUCAGAUAUUUGUAAAAUGUGUUAAAAAGUUUAUCAAAAGAGGGUACGAUGCGAAAAUCGUGAAACACAGUGCAUGUUUGGUGAUUGACCCAUCUACAGUUUACUCUACGCUUUCCUAUCUGAUUUUGCGAUGACUAAUAAAGUGUUAGACUUCAUGAUGCUUUUCUCCUAAAUCCUACAUAAAACGGACGGAGGGAGUGAAAUUUUGUCUUGCAGCUUUCUUAGUCGUGCCCUUAAAAGUUAGGCUCUUGGUGCUCUGACUUCAGACAAGUUGUUGAGUACAUUGGUGUAAUUAGACCUUAGAUUUACCUUAAUUUUAUGUUUCACUUAAUAUGAUCUGUUGUUGUUUUUUUCGCUAAUGUUAGAGCCUUUCUCAGCUGGGAUUUUAUUUACAUCGUUGAAAAUAGGGUAAGUGGGAGGUUGGCAUGCCAUAAACGCAUUUAAACCCUCCCCCUUUACUAUGAAUAAGUUUUGGCAUGUCCAUCCCCUCCCCCCCCCCACUUUACUUUGAAUAAGUUUUCGUGCCCACCUUAAUUUUGGCUGCCGGAGUCCUAAGGUGGUGCCCGAUUGUUGUUUUUCCUGCUUAUAUGUGUGCGUUUAUGUGCUUGUGUGUCUUAGGCGGUGCCCUACAUUGUUGUUAUGUUUUACUUGUCUGUUUAUCUAUGUUAGUUAGAUAUGUGGAUGUGUGUGUUUGUCUUUGGUACAUGAAUGUCUGCGCUACUGUGGUUUACGUUAUAGUGUAACUGUUAUUUAGUAACGUAGCAUUCCCUUUGUAUAUUCAUCCUUGUUCUACUUUCCCCUUCAACCCCCUCUCCUUACCCGCUUCUACCCUUUACCCCUUCCUCCCCCUCUAUUUAUAUUUUGCAUAAAAUUAAAUUGUACUCGUUGGAUUCUUGAAGCAACCAGUCUGUAAUAUUUUUUCCGUUACAGCUUCUUUUUGUUGUGGGCCUACUUUGCAAAUACGUGGCUCUGAGGCUGUGUUUUUGGUGCUCUGUGCUUCCGAAAAAUCUACCCUUACCUAUUAUCUUUUCUUUGGACCAUUGGCAAUGUAAUAUAAACUAUUAUUUGGACAUACAAGCAUUUAUCUACAUGGUUAAAUUCAUCUUCAAGUCCUCCUGGACACUGUGAACUGCAGCAGUAACAAGUAUUCGAGCCCAUAAUUGGACACAUUUAUUUAUUUUAUUUAUUUUAUUUGGGUUUUACGGCGCACCAACACAGUAUAGGUUACAUGGCGCCAAACAGGACUACAAAUUUUGGUUUCAUAUCUCAUUUACAUCGAAAUAAAACAUGAGGACACAUGGAAAAUGACAAAAAUUACAAGUUAGCGUUCUUCGUCGGCAAAUAAUAAAUACACUGCUAAAACCAAUUUCAAUUUGUACACCAUAAAGGCUCUAACGAUGACAUAAGGACCAAAUCUUGGCUAAAGUCCAUCGAUCCAGUGCAGAAUACAGCAGUAUUGAAGCACCAAAACAUCUGUACUAUAAAUGAUAAUUUUUCAUCACUGUCAGAUGAAGAUUGUCAAUAUAUAUAGCCGACUGCUUUCAAAGAAGAAACGCAUUAAUGAGUUUGCGUUAAACAAUGGAUUAUAUAUAUGUGUAGUAACAUCUUGUUUUCAACACAAUAGUCGUAUAUGUAUGUGAUACUAGUAUAAUAUGACGAUUUGAUAUUGUACUGUAGAUAUUUAGCUCACCUGAGCACGAAGUGCUCAAAGGUGAGCUUUUUGUGAUCACCCUGUGAUCGUCGUCCGUCGUCCGUCAGUCGUCAACAAUUUGACUGUUAACACUCUAAGAGGUCACAAUUUUAGCCCAAUCUUAAUGAAACUUGGUCAGAAUGUUACUCUCAAUAAAAUCUUGAACGAGUUCGAUAUUGGGUCAUCUGGGGUCAAAAACUAGGUCACCAGAUCAAAUCAAAGUUAAAGCUUUUUAACACUCGAGAGGUCACAAUUUUGGCCCAAUCUGAAUGAAACUUGGUCAGAAUGUUACUCUUAAUAAAAUCUUGGACGAGUUUGAUAUUGAGUCAUCUGGGGUCAAAAACUAGGUCAAAUCAAAGGAAAAAAGCUUGUUAACACUCUAUAGGUCACAAUUUUGGCCCAAUCUGAAUGAAACUUAGUCAGAAUGUUACUCUUAAGGUAUUAGAUCACUAAUAGAGAACCUCCUUUUUGAAGAGUAUUCAAUUCCUACCAUAAACCUACUUUUACUGCAGUUCUUAGGGGUGCGUAGGUUCAAGCCCUACUGGGACCAAAUUUUUUUUUCCUUAUUUUCUUUUUUUACUAGUAAGUUUUUACUUCUUUCAAGACUUAUUAUUGAUUUUUUGUACAAAAAUGGAAAAAGAUGAAUCUUAUAAGCGAUUUCUUGGUGUUCAAAGUGAAUUUACUACUUUAACAGAAGGGGUAGAGUUACACAUCUUUAAAAAUAUUGAGUUACACGCGGUGAAAGUUCUCUGUUUUGCUUUCACUCUUAGAUUAUAUAUUGUGGAAGAAAUUUAGGUAGGUUUUACAUCUUCCCUAAGGUUAUUUUUAAAUGGAGUAAGCAAAAUCCAAAACAGAAACACAUCAUUCGACCUUAUUUUUUCAAUGUUGAAGUAUGAAUUCUGUCUCAUUAAAUCCGUUUACUUGCGGCACCAUAGAAAAAAUAUUGACAUUUUUAUUUUGUGUUUUAUAACAGUUUACCAAUAGUUUGAUGUUUCUUCUAAUGAAAUUAAUGGUAAAAUGAGUUCUCUGCAAACGUUUUGGAUAGUGGCUAUCGCUUUGAAAUUUGUCUCUACUUGAGCUUGAGGAGAUACCAUAAGUUAUUCAACAUUUAUAAAAAACGGCACGGUAAAAGUUGUUUAAAAUUUGCAAAAUAGUGCAAAACACGGUUACCUUUCAGAAUAUACCAAGCAAAGGCCAUUUUGUAAACAUUACUAUUAGUGACCUAAUACCUUAAUAAAAUCUUGGACGAGUUUGAUAUUGAGUCAUCUGGGCUCAAAAACUAGGUCACCGGGUCAAAUCAAAGGAAAAGCUUGUUAACACUGUAGAGGUCACAAUUUUGACCUAAUCUUAAUAAAACUUGGCCAGAAUGUUACCUUCAAUAAAAGCUUGAACAAGUUCGAUAAUGAGUCAUCUCGGAUCAAAAACUAGGUCAGCAGGUCAAAUCAAAGGAAAAGCUUGUUAACACUCUAGAGGUCACAAUUUUGGCCCAAUCUGAAUGAAACUUAAGCUUGGUCAGAAUGUUACCCUCAAUAAAAUCUUAGACAAGUUCGAUAUUGGGUCAUCUGGGGUCAAAAACUAGGUCACCAGGUCAAAUCAAAAGAAAAGCUUGUUAACACUGUAGAGGCCACAUUUAUGACGGUAUCUUCAUGAAUCUUAGUCAGAAUGUUAAUCUUGAUGGUCUCAAGUUCCAGUUUCUGUGGUACAACAUAGAUGUUACUUUCAAGUUUUACAUGUAUUUUAAGGCAUCUACCUUUUAAGGAGUUUUUUAUGGACUUAGAAAAACAAAAGAAUUACAAUAAUUACUAAAAAUAUCAUUGUAAACAACCACAAAAUUAAAAUUCCAUUUGCAAAUACAGGUGCUAGUGUAAAGAAAUUUGCUUUGAUUGGCGUAUAUUGUGACAUUCUGGCACUCUUGUUUAAGUUUUUAAGAUCUAGUCAUUUAAAUAUUAUAAAGUGAUAAAUCGAGGAAACUCCUCGAUACCAAAUGUAUGUUCUAGUCGUUUUUGAUAAUAUGUUAUUGUAUGAGAUAUAGUUAUUUGAGUUGCAUUAGUUUAGCUUAGAUGUUCUUCCUUUAGAAACUUAAGACAUACUUAUACAUACUUGUAUUUGUACCCGAAAGGGCCCAAAAUUAUUGAAUAAAAGUGAUUCUCUUCUAUACUAUUC